GUAUGGUGAGCACAUCACAUCACUGUCAUCAGACAUAAUUUUCCUCUAAACCAAGAUUGCUGUUUGAACGCAAAUUUUGUGUCGGUUUAAGGCUACAAAGCCUUUUUUAUAUUCAAUUGUUGGGCACUUUUAUUCGAUGCCAAUGGUAAUUUGAUGGAAGGUAGGAAGUGAAAAAUACCAAGGAAUUCUUCAAACGGUUAAAAGAUGGAAGUGUUGAGAAAACGUCGGUCCUCGACAGAAGUUCAAGAAUUAAUGAAUGCCGUUAGAAGUGAUUACGAAUUCUUCUCUGCGUUUGAAAAGCCAUUACAAAACGUCCCUUCAGCAAAACGGCAAUGCAGCCCGAGUGACGACCUAAUCAAAUACGCCGUUGUAAAACCAAAACCCAGAUUUGCACAAGAAUAUAAUUUGCCUGAACCCAUAACUAGAAAAUAUUCCGAAAAUAUUUCCACGACUGAUGGCUACAAAACGUUAGCGGCCCAUGCCAACAUUCCUCACCAAAACCGAAGCAAGAGUCUAUCCUGUGAACAAUCACAUGAAUCACGAAUAUCACUUAAAAACCCGCAUUUUAGACGUUUAGAAAGGUCACGUGAACAAAGAGAAUCAUUAUUUGACGACAAUUUUGAUGUACAUGACCAAAAUAGAAUUUCAGCAAGUAAAGAAGAACAGAUUUUUCAAAAAAUAUCACCAGAUUUCUGGGCCAGCCAAAACGAAAAGAAAUCCUUACUUUAUAAAAGCCCAUUUACUUCGAAGACAUCCAUUUCAGGGCGUCAGCCACUUCCAAACGGCGAUCUUUGGCCAGAGGUGGGUGACCCCGGGGAACUAAUUUGCCUUUCAUCAGAACCGAUAUUCCGAAACGCUGAUGACCUGGUUGCUAGGAAACGAAGAAUGACACGUCACAUCUCUACGGGGUUGGAAACUUUGGUUAAAACCCGAGACAAAAUCCCGCCACUAUUGGUACGAGUUGAUACAAACACCUCACGAUCAGAGGAGAGUCCAACUUCACGAUGCAGUGGAAAACGUUUCCGCGAUUUUUGCCUGAACGAACCUAUGGAUUACGAGCAGUGCAGUAAAAUCCAACGAACAGAUUGGGAGAAAGAGAAGAGAACAGUGGAAAUGGCUAAAAAGGCUCAUUCAACUGUGGAAUUGACUAAGAGUGACUCAGAAGAUGAUCUUGUGAUCGUUGACUCACCAACAAACUCAAGUUCCAGCCAAUUAUCUUACAAACACAGUCCAACGAAACAGAAGGCUCAAGAUGUGACUGAUGUACAAGCCAAUGAGAAACCAGAUAAGAGCAAAGAAAUUGUGCCAAUGAAACAAAAGAGCGAAGGCGAGAAGGGCCAAAUGAGUUUGGGUCCGGCUGAUGAACUUUGGCCAGAUUACGUCAUAACUCGAGUUGGUAGCUUAUUAUGGUUAGAUAAAGAGAUCGUUUAUCCCAUAACCUUGGACGAAAUGCGUCGUCGAAUUCAAGACCCGGAGAAUUUCUCUUUUCAAAUGCUUAUCGCAUACGUCCGUCACUCGAGAGCAAAAGGAAGGCAAUUUCUUGAUUACUGGAAAUGCCAGCCAAGCGGAAGGACAUCUCGGCCAAACGUUCUUUCCAAGCUUUGUGAAGCGGAUGCCAAAGAGUUGGUUAAGGGAAUACAAAAAGUGAACGAGGAAUAUUUUCCACGAGAUACUUUGGCAAAGAAUAUUUCAUGUGACAUUAUCCAAGAGAAAGGGAGCAGUUUAACGGAGAAAAAGAAUGAAGGGGAAAAGAGGCCUAAAGAUUUCACUCUUCGCGAAAAAGUGAAAGCUAUUGAAAAUUCAAGAUCCUUGUUUAAAAUACUCGAAAAAACACUGAACAGCACCCAGGAAGAUGAAAGAUUCAACACCUUCAAUGUUGCCUCCCAUAAUGCCGGUGUGGAAAACAUAAAGAACAGCCUUAGAUUUCUUGACAGUAUUUUUGAGCGAAUCCAGAGUUAUGUUAAAGGCAACGGCAGCAGCAACAAGCUACCGGCUCUUGAACUGUAG